GGAACUGAACUCAAAUCAAAUUUCCUGGACUAUGGAGGAUGCUGCCGGGGCAUUCCGUGGUCUCACCAGCCUGACCAAGCUAGGCCUCAAGGCUAAUGCUGUCCGCUCCAUCGCUGUGCAUGCAUUUGCUGGUCUGCUGAAGUUGCGCCAGUUGUACCUGGAAGACAAUGACAUCACAUCAAUACAGGAGAAUGCAUUUGAGACUCUACGGGAUCUCAGAGACUUGCGCUUCAACUCCUCCAAAUUGUUCUGUGACUGUCACCUGGCAUGGCUUCCUCCUUGGCUGAAGCAGAGUGGCUUCCAGCACUCGGCUCUGGGGACCUGCUUGCACCCACCUGUGCUGCGAGGGGCAGGCAUCUUUCAGAUUGAGGUCUCGGACUUUAAGUGCAACAGCGCAGAAUUCCUAAAGCCUGUCAUACUGGAAAGUCCCAAGUCAGCGAAUGGCUACAAGGGAGAGAAUCUGACUCUGACAUGCAUUGCUGCCAUCACUGGGGACAGCCAGCCUCAUAUACACUGGAAGAAGGACAAUACGCUCCUGAAUGACUCCCUGUCUGUGGUGACGGCCAGCAGUGAUGGAGAUGUCAAACGUUACACUUCCAACCUACACCUGACCGACAUGCAGGACUCCAUGGCUGGCCGCUACCAGUGUGUGGUGGCCAACGACUUUGGCUCUACUUUCUCUCAGAAGGCUUACCUCAAUGUGUAUGUCUACCCAGUGUUCCUGAAAGUGCCAAAGGAUGUCACGGUGAAAGCAGGAAAGCCCGCUGAACUCAAGUGUGCAGCCACAGGCCAGCCAACUCCAGUGAUCUCCUGGCAGAAAGAUGGUGGGGAUAAUUUCCCGGCAGCCCGAGAGAGACGCAUGCAGGUGUAUCCCAAUGACGAUAGGUUCUACAUCAUGAACACUCGUGUGGCGGACGAGGGCGUCUACAGUUGCAUGGCCAGGAAUGAAGCCGGUGUUGUGAUCACUAACGCCACAGUGACCGUCUUAGUGCCACCGUACAUUGAGCAGCCCAUGCAAAGUAAGAAGUCUUCAAAGAAAGGAGAAACAACUGUCUUGCAGUGUAUGGCCUCUGGAAGUCCACAACCUAAGCUGACCUGGCUGAAAGAUGACAAGGAGCUAGUGAUGACCCCUCGUCACUUCUUCACUGCGGACAAUCAGAUUCUGGUGAUAGUGGACACUCAGUGGUCAGAUGCUGGUACUUACGCCUGCAGGAUGUCAAACUCAUUAGGCACAGCCAAAGGCACAACGGAGCUGCUGGUUGUGAACUCAUCUGGCGAGGGUGGCGAUUCUGGUGGCUCCUUUGGGCUGGAUGAUGAGUCUACCACGACCGGCAUCAUCAUCAUUGCUGUGGUAUGCUGUGUUGUUGGCACCUCUCUUGUGUGGGUGAUCAUUAUCUACCAGACCAGGAAAAGGCAUGAGGUCUACAGUGCUACUCCAACAGAUGAAACCACCUUGCCUGGAGAGAUCCCAAGUUCUGGCUACAUGUCUUCUGACAAGGAGGGCAGCUACUCUCAGGGACCCACCAUUGUCAAUGGCUACCACUAUCAGGAUUAUCAGAUGAAGGAAUCUGGUUAUGAGUCAUCGUCUGGUCAAUUUAGAGCCAAUGGUUAUGCACGACCGAUCUGCCCAAGUGAUGUCGACGAAGAUGAUAGUCAGCCACCAACAUUAACUGCAGGGGACCGUCUUCUUAGGCAAAUAAAAGCAGCCAACUCUGGAGCAAACAUGCCUUACCAAGCCAGCGACGAGGACACCAUUGGCAGCCGACACAGCACCAGCAGCGGUCAGCACAGUGGAAGCACUGAGCCUCCGAGCAGCAGCUCCGGCCACUUUCAGCCACAUCAUCAGCUGUACGUUGUCACAUCUGAUGGGGACGAAUACCGGGAGAAUCCAUCACCAUCCUUACAUGUGCCUGCCUUAGAUAAGAGUGAAUUAUCCAGCUGUUGCUCCAGUCAGCGGUUGGUUUCUCCCAGUGGGAGAUCUUUGUUUCAGACUUUUCACCCAACAAAGCCUACAAAUCACGAUAGGCUAAACAACACUUCUAGUGGUGGGGCUCUGGGUCAUCCGGUAGGUUCUAGAAGUGAGGACAGCAGUAGAGGUUGUGAAAACAGGGAUAGACAUGAGCAGGAUGGUGGUUCUUGUGAUAACCGAGAUGUUGAAUCAGCCAAUUCCGCACUGGCAACAGCCCGACCUUCUUGCUCUGUCUGCAUGUAUAAAUAUUCUGUGAUGGCAAAUUCCAGUCCACCAAAUGGACACCCCGAUGCACAUUUUGAAAUCCAUCACGCGAACAGCAGUCAUCCUUCAGUUUGUUUGCGUGAAAUGGCUGAUGGAAGUGGCCAGACAAAACUCCUUCCUGGCAACUGUUCUGAUAGUGUAGGCUGUAAUGGUAAACACUUUUGUUGUGAUCUUAAUCCUCCCCACCCUCCUACCUCAUUGUCACAGUCAUUAUCGUCAUCGUUACCAUCGCCUGUGCAUUCUCAUAGUGACAGCACACAGAGACCUCCGAUCCACCCUCGAGGCUGUGGAAAUGCAGCGAAAAAGACAGUAUACUCACACGGGGAAUCUGCAGACAUGUCUGCACAAUUCUCAGCUAUGAACUUGGACUGCCAAUCAUGUGACUGUUCAGCUGGGGCCAGGCCUUCGUCACCAUCCCGGCAGACCGCGUCAAUGUCUGGGGCGUUGUCGUCUCAGGCGGCUGUCGCCUCCAGUCCCUGCUACUGUGAAGUGGUGGACCAUCGCUGCUGCUCCGGCCAUUGCCAGCACUGCCAUAAUGAGCCAGGGGUGGACGGUGGUGGCACGGGGCUGCAGGCUUGUCCUGCCUGCUUGUGCCAGCAACACAAGAGUUGUCAUCCAGCACAUCCCCUCCAGCAUCCACAUUACCACAACAGACAGGGAGCAGACAGCAAGGCUAUUGCCAGGUCUGUGUCAGCCAGCAGUGUGGGGCAUGACUCUAAAUACUGUGCUCACAGUGACCCAUUUUUGUCGCCAUGCUUCAGUUGUCCACUGUACAAUGUUGGUAGUUCAGGUUUUCUGCGGUCUAAAAUAGACAGUUGUCCUGAGUGCCAUUCAGAGUACAGCCAAAGAGGAGUGUUAAUUGUUAAUCACUGUCCACUGAUCCC